AUGCAACAACAACAACAACCAUCGAAUAUUACAAGGAGACAUGAUCCCAGUCAUCCUCACCAUCAUCAUCAAUUGACGGAAGAGCAACAACAAUUCCAGUUAUUCCAAGAGUCAUUACCAAAGAUUAACAGACUAGUGUAUCAAAUGCUACUUAAUGAAAUCAUUCCUACUUCUAUAUCAGUUCAAAAUAGGCUCGACGAGUCUGACGAUAAUAGUGACGCUGAACAAUUGAAAAAGCUGAGCAUAAGUGAAAAACCUGUCGUACCUUCACAUAAAUUGGUGAGUCAAAUGCAUGAAAUAAAAAAUGAAGGGAGAUAUAACAAUAUUCUUGAACGUAUAAGGACGAUUGGCUUCAAAUUGGGGUGCAAGAUCGCUGAUUUGCUGGUGUUCGCAAAUAAUCCAAAUUUAAAUUUUAGAGAUAUGGAUCUCUUAGCUAUAAUGAAAUUUGUCUGUAGAGACGUAUGGAAAUUGGUGUUUGGGAAACAAAUAGACAAUUUGAAGACCAAUCAUAGGGGGACUUUUUAUUUGAUAGAUUAUAGUUAUCAGCCGAUCAAGAAUUUUGCUCUCAAUGACGACACAAAUAAGCUCAGUGCGGAAGAAUUAGAGAAGAAAGAACUAAAAUCAGUUGAACCAUUCUUAGAGCUGCCAGUAGGUAUAAUUAAAGGUGUAUUAGAGGCUCUGGGGUAUAAUGCGAAGGAGACGAUCUGCUUGGCCACAUAUAUAGAUUUGCCAAAUGAAGAUGCAUCUCAUUAUGGAUUUUCCAAAGGGAUAAGCUUCCACGUGCAAGUCACGAAUACCACCCGUCAGCAGCAACCGUAG